AUGGUCACCAUCCUUUCUUUCAUCACCUUUGCCCACGCCACAGACCCCAGCACCACUGUCACCAACCAAGACGCCAUCGAUGCUGCAAAGACCGCCCAAAAGGAUUGGGAUGAGCGCAACAUGAAACUUUACGGACUUAUCAUCCAAGCUAUGCCUGCAUGGCUAGAGUACAAAAACCUCAUCUUCAACAGCCAUAAGGGCAAGGCCUCACUGCGAUUGAUCGGCAACUGCGCCUUCGCGGGCUGCUCCGCCCUCACCGCCGCCACUCUGCCCGACAGCCUCACCUCGAUCGGCAAAUGCUCCUUCCAUCCGCCCUCAUACAACGCCGUCACGCUGCCGGACUUCCCGGACAGCCUCACCUCGAUCGGCGAUGCGGACCAUCAAUCCUCGGCGGUGUGA